UGUAAAUUGAGGAGCGAAAACUCGAAUCGGACUCUGGAAAACCAAUUUUCAUCGGUUUCGUGUAAUUCAACUCCACGAGUUUUUCUUCUGAUAUUUUGACGAAAUUGGACCACCCUAAGAGCUAUUCAAACUGCACGGAGAGAAAAAAUAUGGGUUUUCGUCGCGGGCUGUGCAGCAACUUGUUUGACCACACUAAACGAUAGAGAACAUACACUGGCACGUCAUCAUCCGGGGAGGAUUAUAAAAUGGCACCGACAGAGAAACGAUUUCGAAGUGAUCGAAGCGUUCAAUCAAAACUAUACUUCCAUAUGCAGUGUCGAUUUCAUCGAUGAUCUUACCGGUCAAACGAUCGUGUUAAUGGGCGAAGGCCUGCUUCCCUACUUGGAGGUGAAACCGGACAAAACUUUGACUGGUUACCUGGGCGACAUUUGGACAAUUUUGGAAACCGCACUGAAAUUCAAGACUGAUUUUCGACCGACUCGAGAUGCGAGUGAGGACGUUUUGAAGAGAGGCGAAACCGACGAAUGGUUGGCCCCGAUAGGGGUGUACUGGCGAAAUAGUGGUCAGAUGGUUUACAGCCAUGUAGUUGCUUCGAACUACUAUGGUUUGUACGCCGUGUCCGAAGGCGAGAGUGUUUCGAAAUGGUGGUACAUGAGCAUAUUUUCUCGGGAGUUGUGGGCCAUGUCAUUCGGUUUUGUGGUCGGGAUAACCGGCCUCAUUCUCUUUAUGUACAGACUCAAAAGAGUUGUGAAUCGACAUUACGAGGAAUGUAACAAUCAGCUGGCCAUACCGUCGUUCAAUCUUCUCAGCGUUCUUGGCGUCAUGACUGGCCAAGGGUUUCAAGAAAUCCCGACCGCUUGGUCCCUCAGAUUCACCAUACUGUCAGCAGUCGUAAUGGGAAUGUUGAUAUCAUGCGGUUUCAGUAGCACUCUCACUUCGUACUUGGCAAUACGCGGUAACGAUUUGCAUUUCAACAGUUUGCAAGACAUUUUGAAAGCAAAAACUCAUAAUUUAUGCGCACGAAACAAGAGCACGGCGCAUGACGAGUUAAAAGAUAUGUCGAAAAAUGGCACGGAAGAUUGGAGCCACUUAAUCAACAGAAACUGUCGGAACAUGGAAGACCACUUUCAGUAUCAGUCUGGCUUGUGCAGAUCUGGUGAUGUCUACGUCGAAGUUCCCGAUGUAUUUCUCUCGGUAUAUUAUCCGAUUCAUCAUAAGUGUCACAUUGUACAAAUUCCCGGAGAACAUUGGCCUUCGAAAAUAGCUUUUCUCCACGCAAGAGCAGCGCGCCACCGUCGCCUCAUCGACAAAUACCUCCUGAGACUCCACUCCGCCGGAAUAUUGGUCUAUCUCGAGCGCAAAUGGAUAUCAAAGGAAUGGCCAACCUCGCAAGAGCGUCACUUGACCUUCAAAACGGUCCAGUACGAACACAUCGAAAUAAUAUGGUUGGCCUUCGUUGGCAUGAUAUUCGUCAGUAGUUUUAUUUGCGUUCUCGAAAAUAUUUGGUUCCACUUUGAAUCGAGCAGAACGAAAAACACUUUGGUCCAUCCGCGAGUCGACCGUUGGAAUAAUCCUUUAUGGAAGACUGAUUUUCCGGCAGCUCAACUGGACCCAACCUCAAGACAACUGUGGAUGAUGAAUUUUGGGAAUUGACGGAUAUCCGGAAA